GAAGCUGAAACUGAAAGUAAAGGCAAGCGGGAGAAACGGCGUUAGCAUCAGCAUGUCGGUAAAGCUUAUUCGAUUUUGGUUUUACGUUUUUUAACGUUGUUUUCCUCUCAGUUGAACGCUGUAAAUGUAAAGUUUUCAUCUACUCAUCAUGCAGCUCAACAUGGAUCUUCAGAAGCUUCAUGAGAUUGACGAGGACCUGAUAAGUGAUGAAGUGGCUCAGCUGAAGUUUCUAUGCAUGGACUUAGUUCCUAAGAAGCGAAUGGAGACAGUGAGUGAUGCCAAAGACCUCUUCCUUCGCCUUGAUGAGCAAGCACUGUUUGAUGAUGGGCUACUUCUGCCUGAGCUUCUGAUGACGAUUGGACGCUUUGACUUGCUUGCCAUCCUGAACACAUCCAAAGAGGAGGUGAAGAGGCAUCUGCUGGAACGUGACCCCUCUAGUAAAGGUGUCUCAACCUACAGAAAGAUGCUAUUUAGAUUAUCUGAAGACUUGACAGCAGAAAACCUUCGUAAUGUAAAGUUCCUUUUGGACCUUCCAAAAGCAAAGCUUGGAGCAUCUAUUUCAUUUCUAGAUGUAAUGAUUGAGAUGGAAAAGCAGCAGAAGCUUGGGAUUGAAAACCUGGAUGAACUGCAAAAAAUUCUGUCUGAAUGUGACAAACAGCUCGCCUACAAGAUUGAGGAGUUCAAGAAUACCCAUAGAGACCUGGAGCAAGUGGGAGGCAGACAUCCUCUACAGGAAGUAUCUAAUUUAAUCAUCUCCUUUCCUAAUCAUGUAGAGAUGGAGAUAGGGCUUGGACGUAAGUUAGACUUUCUACAAAGUUUCAAAGCAUUACUGACCAAGGACUUACUCUAUUGGAGAAGAGGCUCUUCUGUGAGUGAAGGUCUUGCUACUGAUUCAAAUAAUCCGCCAAGGGAAGAGGAGCAGGAUUAUUAUUAUUCCAUGACCCAACGGCCUUUAGGAUACUGUCUAAUCAUCAACAACUACAACUUUGAAAAAAUGUCCUCAUUUCGCAACCGUACAGGCACGGAUAAGGACAAAGAGGAACUCACCAGAGUGUUUCGCAAAAUGCAUUUUCUGGUUGAGUUGCGGGACGAUCUGCAAGCCUCAGAUAUGCAAGAUUCCAUAAAAGAGUUUGCAGAGAGGGAUCACUCUCUAAUGGACACGUUUGUCUGCUGUAUCCUCUCCCAUGGAGAAAGAGGCACUGUGUUGGGCAUAGAUGGCAAAGAGGUUGCAAUCCAUGACCUCACACAGCCUUUCGCCGCAUGCAGGACGCUAACAAGCAAGCCCAAGCUUUUUUUCAUUCAGGCCUGCCAAGGUAGAGAGGCCCAGAAAGGUAUGUGGAUGGCGGAUGGAUGGGUGAACGCUAUAGAAGCAGCAUACGAGGAGGAUGCUCGUAGUGUACCACUCCACAGUAUCCCUAUAGAAGCUGAUUUCCUAAUUGGAAUGGCCACAGUGGAGCACUACCAGUCCUUCCGCCACAUCAGAGAAGGGUCCAUCUAUAUCCAGGAGCUCUGUAGACAGCUGGAGAAAUGCUGCCCCAGAAAAGAAGAUAUCUUGUCAAUUUUGACAAAGGUCAACCGUGAAGUAAGUUCUAAAAUGUUGAAAGGCCACAAGCAGAUGCCUGAACCUCGGUAUACCCUCACCAAGAAACUGGUCCUUCCUAUGGACUGAAUCUGUCUGUCUGUGACAAAAUAUUGCUUUUAAUGACUGGAUCCAUGCUGGAGAAUAUUCCAUUACUCAGAAUCUAGUACUGCUUAAGGGGAAGGUGAGAGCACUUUGGUGCCAUGGAUUAAUUUUCAUUUUAGUGUCUCUAUGGUGUUAAUUAUUAAGCCAAAGUUUGCUCAGGGUAAUUAAUUUUUUUGUAUGCAAAAGAUCUUGGUUAAAGAGAAAACAAAGAACAUUAAAACAUUUAUAUUUGAUAUCGAGCAUAAAGAUUUUUAAAACUAAUAUUAGAGUAAUGCAUAUGUUAUACCAGCAGUCUAAAUGUUUUGGAUUUGAACGCUGUUGUAAAAGCAGAUUUUGGAAAUAAUUUAUUUGAUUUAAAAGCCAGAGAGUUUAAAGUACUUACGUGUACUUUCUUUUCCUUAAAUGAAUAGUAAGUCUUUAAAUUAUGCAUGUAUAGAGAAUAAAUAAAAUAUCCUAAAA